GGUGCUCGGCGCCCUCGCCCUGCCCGCGGCGCAGUUAAAGAUGCGCCCCGCACACCGUGUGGUUGCAGCGCGGCGGCGCUGACAUCGCUCACCAUGGACAGCUUCGACUUAGCUCUCCUUCAGGAGUGGGACCUGGACUCUCUGUGUGUCUAUGAGCCUGACAGAAACGUGCUGCGAAGGAAAGAAUGGGAAAGGAGAAAUCAGGAGGCCCAGCAGGAGGAUGGCACAUUUAACACGAGUUACUCCCUCUUCAGUGAACCGUACAAGACUAACAAGGGAGAUGAGCUCUCGAACCGCAUCCAGAAUACGCUGGGUAACUAUGAUGAAAUGAAAGACUUGUUAACUGACAGAUCAAAUCAGAGCCACCUUGUUGGGGUUCCGAAACCUGGGGUUCCUCAGACGCCUCUCCCCAAGCCUGAUGAACAUCUUAUUGCAGACUCAAGACCACCACCUCCUCCUCCUGUUUCCAGCACUACUACUUCUACACCAGCAGCCCUACCUGCCCAGCAGAGCAAAAGCACCACAAUGGUUUGGCAGAAGGCCGGGCAUAAUGCUGCUUCAGACAGCCAGCAGCGAGUGAGCAAGCAUGGACACCGUUCGCUGGAGUCACACAAAGGUGACUUCAAACUGGCAAACCAAAAAACCAGUCUAGAGAAACUAAAACGCUAUGCAUCAAGUCCCAUCUCCUCCUCCUCCAACACUGCCCAGCAAAGCUCACUGAGGGGCACACUGGGAGAAAAUGUCAACAGAGUGCAGCAGCCAGCAAAACUCAAUUGCAGCUCAGAAGGAGGAGCCCAAGUGCAAGAGAGGCCAGCAAAGCAUAGUGGUGGGCACUGCGUCCAAAACUUCCCACCCUCACUUGCUUCAAAGCCCAGUCUGGUUCAGCAGAAACCAACAGCUUAUGUAAGGCCAAUGGACGGUCAAGACCAGGCUCCUGAUGAGUCUCCAAAGCUGAAGUUACCAGCAGAGACAACCAAGUCAUAUAGGGGAGUGCCUUCUAACAAGCCAGAUUCAGCCAGGACCAAGUCAAAGAUAGCCAAGUUCAGCAUCCCUAAGCAAGAAGAGGACAGUGGAACAGGAGAUAACAGCUGCAUUGAAGAAAUAUUGCGGGAGAUGACCCAUUCCUGGCCUCCACCACUGUCAGCUAUUCACACACCAGGAAAAGCAGAACAAAACAAGUUUGCCUUUCCAAACAAGGAGUCACAACAGGGAUCUACAGGACACAGCAAUACAAGGAAAAGUGAUGUAGAGCCAAAGAGUCCAGAGAAAAGCGCAACCCAUACAUCAAUGCUAGAAGAUGACCUCAAGUUAAGCAGUGAUGAAGAAGAGAAUGACCAGCAGGCAGCACAGAGAUCUGCUCUCCGCGUUCUAUCUGACAGCAGCCUGGUGGUGCCGCAGUCCAAUGCUCGAGCCUCAGGACUCUCCAGCAAGGGGUCGAGCAGCAGCAGCUCCAGUGAAUCCGAGACCAGCUCAGAGUCUGAUUCAGAGAGCGAAAGCAGCUCCAGCGAGAGUGACGGCAGCAAGCCCUCACAUUACUCCAGCCCAGAGCCUGAGCCACCCUCAUCCAACAAGUGGCAGCUGGACAAGUGGCUAAAUAAAGUCACCCCGCACAAAGCACCCAUCCUGACCCACCAUGACAGCCCAGCACUAGAGCCUCAUCCCUACUACGGAGUCGUGAAGGCAGAGCGUCAGGAAAGUGAGAAGACCCCAGUUGCCAGCCCAGUUGAGCACCACAGUGGAGAGAGCCGCACCACUGCCACCACCAUCGUUGGGGACAGACCACGACCCAGGACUGCCAACAAAGCACCAGGCAGCAAAGGUGGCCGGCAAAAGUCACCACCUGCUGCCGACAGUGGGCCUCCAAGGCGGGCAGCAGGGAAGAAGGUACCGCGGCGGGUCGAGAGGACGUCUGCUGGGGACAGCCCCCACUGCCACGGGACAGAGGAGCCCCCUGGGAGCCACAGCUUUCCAGAAAGUACUGCUGGCGAGGCAACGAGGGCACGGCCCGGCAGCAGUGGCGGCAGCAGUGGCAGCAGCAGUGGUGGAUGCAGAGCAGGGCAUCGCCGGGAGCCCCGCUCAGCCACAGCCAGCGAGAAACGUCGGGCUAGGGGGCCAAGCAAAACGGCACCCAAAUCCAAGGAGUUCAUCGAGACUGAAUCUUCAUCCUCAUCAUCCUCCUCCGACUCGGGUUCUGAGUUGGAGCAGGAGGAUCGCCCGCUGCCCAAGGCGCAGGCAGUGGCUGGUGCUGAGCCACGCACCAAGGACACGGGGACCAGCGCCGCUAGCAAACCCCACGGCGGCUGCAGUGCCUUUGGCUCCAUUAAUGCCAGGACUAGUAGUGAAAUAGCAAAGGAGCUGGAGGAACAGUUUUACACCCUGGUUCCUUUCGGUAGGAAUGAGCUCCUGUCUCCUCUGAAAGACAGUGAUGAGGUAAAGUCACUGUGGGUCAACAUUGACUUGGCUCUUUUGUCCAGGAUUCCAGAGCGUUUGCCUGAAGAGCCGCUGGUCAUGAGUGCUGGAGCAAACCAGGCGGCCAGCCUCCCGCAGGGUAAUAGUGCUGACCCCCCAACAGAGAAGGGUUUACCGAAAUCUAGAAGGAAACGCAAGUGUGAGAAUGAGGAAGAGUGCAAAGACAUCAAGAAGACUCACUUAGAGCGAGAGAAUUCUUCACGAUUAGCUGCCUCUGCCCACAGCAUCACAACAGCAAAUCACUGCAAUAUGAAUGAAAACAGCUUGGCAAUACCAAUAAAUAAAAAUGAGAAAAUGCUUCGGUCACCCGUCUCUCCCCUCUCUGAUGCAUCAAAACACAAAUACUCCAACGAUGAUUUAACUUCCUCCAGCAGACCUAAUGGCAGCAGUCUAUUACCUUCCAUCUCCUCCAGCAAAAAACAUAAGGCUGAAAUCCAGUCACAGCCACAUCCUGGAGACUUCAAUAAAGCAAUUCACAUAAAUACAGAAAACUUUCUUCUCUGCAAUAAGCCACAGUCCCAAACAGAACCUUGGUCACCUCUGUCCAGCACACCCAGGGACUGCAGAAGGACAAAGCUUAUCUUUGAUGAUAUGCCACGCAAUGCAGAUUACUUUAUGCAGGAAGCUAAACGGAAGAAACAUAAAGCAGAUGCAAUGGUGGAAAAGUUUGGAAAGGCACUGAAUUAUGCAGAAGCAGCACUAUCGUUUAUUGAAUGUGGAAAUGCAAUGGAGCAAGGCCCAAUGGAAUCUAAAUCCCCUUACACAAUGUAUUCAGAAACAGUUGAACUCAUCAGGUAUGCAGUGAGACUAAAAACCCACUCAGGCCCCAACGCCACUCCAGAAGACAAACAGCUGGCAGCAUUAUGUUACCGCUGCCUGGCCCUUCUGUACUGGAGGAUGUUUCGACUCAAGAGAGACCACGCAGUCAAGUAUUCAAAAGCGCUUAUUGAGUAUUUCAAGAAUUCGUCAAAAGCUGCCCAGAACCCAUCUCCUUGGGGUGCCAGUGGAAAGAGCACAGGAACUCCAUCACCCAUGUCCCCUAGCCCUUCUCCAGUCAGCUCUGUAGGAUCCCAGGGGAGCACAGGGGCCCCUUCCCCAUCUCCUAUCAUCAGCAUCCCGCAGCGCAUUCAUCAGAUGGCUGCCAACCACGUCAGCAUCACCAACAGCAUCCUGCACAGCUAUGACUACUGGGAGAUGGCUGACAACCUGGCCAAGGAAAACAGAGAUUUUUUUAAUGACCUGGAUGCAUUGAUGGGACCUAUCACCUUGCACAGCAGUAUGGAGCAUUUAGUUCAGUACACUCAACAAGGACUUCACUGGGUGAGGAAUAGCGCUCACUUGUCAUAAUGACUGUGUGCCAUUCACGAGGACAGUAUAUCUUUCAUGGAUAAUUCAGUUAUUCUGGACACUGUGCUACAGAAAUUGUCAACCACAGCAUUGAUCCAAACAAAGGUGAAUAUUUCUUCAAUAUUGAGCAAACUUUUUCUGAGUGUAGACAUGUAUGUGUGCAUAUGUACAACACACAAUGAUUGUCUCUUCAGAAUUAAUUGUCUGUACCACUCUCCAAACAUUUUCAUACACUAGAAAUACUAGAAAGAACUGAUCUUAAUGCACAAAACAUACCCUUUCUAUUCUUGUGCUGAAAAACUCAGAAACAAAAAUCUCAUGGGUUGAUUGAACCAAAUGCAAUAAGCACAGAUCCCUAUUUGGGAAAGCUCUCAAGAGAUUCUUAACUUUAAGCUUGUACUGAAAUCCAAUAGAAUUCAGCAGAGCGUAAGCGCAUACACAAGGGCUUUCCUGAACUGGAAUGACUGAGGGCAAAUCAUAGACAUGGAGAACUUUUACUGCGAGUAUGGACACAUCACAGAAGUUUCUAUAUUUAUGUGCCAUCUCUCUGUUACUUCCCCAGUGGGACACGCAGAGGAGUUGUGUACUCCACAUUAAGUUGGAGAAAGACAACAUUCCUUCAUGUGCAAUACGUUUCAACAAACUGCAUGCAUUUCUUUCUCUCCUGUCUUUUUAAGUAACUUUACCUCUUGUUCAGCUCCUCACCAACAGUAUAACCUACAGUAUCAAGCAAAAGGCCUGAAAACAGAUAUGCUGAUAAGCAAGAACUUAAAAGAGAUGGUGGAAAUUUGCAUUCUGUUACUGACAGAAAACCAAUAAAUGAAAAAAUGUGGCAAACCAUAAUCCAGUUAGUAACGAAAACGUGUACAUUUCAGCUGCAGACACACUGAGAGACAGUGAGAUGUCUAUAACAGUUGUUGGUUUUGCAUGGGAAGUCUUCAUCCCACAGAUUUUGACUUUCAUGUCUUUUUCGUCUUGCAGAAGCUUGCAGCACUUUUUUCUGGGCUGUAUAGGAGCAUUACAUGCAAUUUCCUUUAUCUGGGAAGCCGAGUUUGCUGCUCAUCAGGCUAAGAACUGUUUCCUAUCAUAAUCCUCUCACUCUUCAUGCAUAAUCCUCAACUAGGCUUUAACAUAUCUUGAUUUGGGAUGUUUUUGGUUCCUGUUGACAGGCUGUGUUUUUCAUGCCAGAAGAAUUAGUCCCACAAUAAUUGAAGUUUAAUUUGGAUUAGCUGAGGUCAAAGCCAGUUCAUAUCAACUGCAUUUCCAUUCAAUGCCAUUUUGUUCAUUUUCACACAUUUAGUUUUCUUUUUUGGUAUUGGAAAUAUUUUUUUUUGCAAUCAGAUUUGCCGCCUUUACUCAAGUCAGCAGCUCUGGCAAUGUUCAAUGGGCUGUUCUAAUCUGAGUCACUGGUUGGACCCUUUAGUUGUUUUCUAAUCUAAUUUUCUUAUAUAUUAAGGAAAUGUGCAUUCAAAAGAUUCUUUCAAUACAAGAUACAAAUACAAGUGGCCACUGGUAUCUAUGGUUGAUUGAUUGGUCCUUGCUGCCUUUUUUUUUCCUCUCCCAUUUUUUAAGAGCUGUAUUUUGAAGAAAAGAUACCAAACAAUGUGACAUGUUUUCUCAGUAAAACAUCUUUGGUAACACAGGCUGUGUGUAUACUGUGGUAAAAAGCAGGCUUGAGAGCUCACUGAGUCCCACGAACCUGCAUUGUUUUGUCGUGGCUGCUUACUGUAACUCCAGCUACAGCUCAGACUCGGAGCAUUCAGCCUGUUCUAUGAAGCAGCUCAGCAGGAUAGGUACCGAGGGACUGCUCAGCCCUGAACCAUCCUGGGCCAAUAUUUAUGUGCCCAUCGAUGCUCGGAUACUUCCCCUCAAGAGAAGUCCUGAGCUCAGGCUGCAGUCACCUCUUAGCAAGGAUUUGAGUGUUAUUGUGUGGCUGGCCUUAAGAGUGAGCACGGACCUGCUUUUAUGUGACAAAAUCCACAUCUUCUGAGUCCUCCUAUCAUUCUUAACUCUGGCUGUUACCCAUCCCAGAAGGAACAGAAUUUGUUUGGUCACAAGUAUCGUGGAGAACUCAAUUGGUGCCUUUCUGUUUAUCACUUGCCUGAUCUCCAGCUGUGAAAGUCUGUCAUGAUUUACUAGGCUAGUAGCAAUGGAUUCUGUCAGCUGCUUCAAUACCAUAUGAAGGUACUGUGGGAUUUCUCCUUAGAUCAGGAAAGUGAAAUUCUGAUUAGAUUAACUUCUGUUUUCUUUGACGGUGCCUAUGAUGUUUAUCUUCAGAUACAUUUGGAGGGUUGGGAGCCCUUACUGCUAUUUAACAUUGAGAAAUUUUAGAAGUGACAUAUAUUACUUGCCUUAAAUGGAGUUUAGUUUUAUUGCAUAUGUGGCAUUUGAGUUUCAAGUAUGGAACUUUGAAGCAUGUUUAUUUUACUAAGAUCAGAAUAUUUUUCUUAAUCACGAUGAACUCUUUGUAUGGAUGUAAUAUGUCAAGAAACUUCAAAGAAAUGCAAGAAUUAAUGCUGUCCUGUUGUAACAUUUCCAAGUACUAAGGAUCUCUUGUAGAUGACUGUCCUUUCUUGUAAAUUGUUCUUAUAUUGGAUUAUUCAAGCUAAAAUACCCAUUGCUUCCAUGCAAAAACACACUGGUUUUUAGUUUUUGUGCUGGCAUCGUCUGUGUCGUCUGAUGGGCACACUGAGCCUUAACUUCUAGUGAUGUAAGAGGAUGAAAUAGCAGCCAUUUCAACCAGCAAGACAUAUAAAUGGAUUAGAGGUUUUGGCCUUCUCUCCAUGGAGUUUCUUGCAGCUACACUACUUUGGUGAGGUUAUUUAGAAUAGAAUACUCUUCUGUGCAGAUUAUUUGCUGUAUAUGGUUGCUGCUGUUUAGAUGACUGAAUGUGGCAUUGUGACAGCAAAUACUUCAUUUCUUCUACUUAGGGCCUGGUCUGGAAAAAUGUAUGUGGUCUGGUCCAAUUAAGCAUAGGUUCUACAUUAAGAACCUGAAGAGUCUUAGGCACCUCAUCAUGAGUUGAAGGUGCUUUGUGUGUUCUGGUGGGACCGGCAGAGACUGCUUUUCUUUGGGGUUCCAUGAAAGGCAAUUACUUGUGGAAAUAUGUUGUAAAAGUCUAGGAACAGGCAGGCUUCUUUAUGACAUAGCAAUGUUCAGGAUUGUUUUGUGAAAGUAAGAAGUCAUUCUAUAUAAAUCCAGAAGGAUUAUGACUGGAGGGAGAGGUUUGCUUACAAGCAGAAGCUUGUGAAUCAGUUAGGGUUGGUAAAGCAAUGGGAAUGCAUUCAAAGGAACCAUGUAUUGCAGGUGGAUGCAACAAAUGCAGAACAGCCUAUAGGAUACUCACAGACAGCAAGAUCACAUAGAACCCUUGGCCUCAAUCCUUUAGAUUAUUCUGUGGUGACAUGAAUAACAGAUAAGAACAAAAGCAUAUGCAGAGGUCCAAGCGUGGCCAAAAUGCAAGCGUAGUCCUCCCUGUCAUAUGGCAAGAUACCCUAAACCCCUUGUUCGCCCAUUUCUUUUAUCCAAAUAUCACAGGGCUCCAAAGGAAGAGAUGAGAGUGAACAGAGGACCUUAGGUAAAGGAGGUUAAGAUCAAGCCCUAAGUGUAGAUAUAGACAUGUAUGUAUAUACUGUAAAUCUAAAUAGUAAUAAAAGUCACUCAGCAUGAAGGAUAUUACUAGUGCCUACCAUUGAUCAUCAAGUACUCAUCAGUGAGCAGCCAUAUCACCUCAGAAGUGCAGUAACUGUUAUCAAAAUAAUUUGCGCAGCUAAUUAAUUUAUAAGAAUGCACCUUUGGGACUGUGCCAUAGUAUCUCUUUUAUAAUACAAACAUUCAACCAUUUUUCAUGGCUACUGAUUCAAAUCUACAUCACUGAAAUGUCAGGAUGCCUUUUUUUCCCUAGAUGAGGACAUAUACUUAGACCUGGCUGAUCUGUGCUUAGUUUAUCUACCCAAGAGACUUCAGUAGUCACCAGCCUUAACACAUGUACAGUAUAUACUAUUUACUGACUUAGUUGUAGGUUUUAAUCCAAGUGAAAUUGGAAUUUGUGAAAUGACUUGGAUUAAGGGCAUCUGCCUCAGAUAUCCUGCAGAUGUGACAUUAAAAGAUUCAUGAUUUUAAGCAGGAAAAGGUUGAAUUUUGUGUAAAUAACAGUGGAUGAGUUCCUUGAUCUUUUCACAGGGAGAUUUUUUUUAAAUGAAAAGAUUGUCAAAGCAAUAGGGUUUUUUAACUCUCCUAAAUUUCCUGGAGGGUCAAGGGUUCAUGGUCAAAGCUAAAUUAAGAACAUCUCCUUCUGCAAUAUGCCUUGCUUUUACAUAAUCCUCUUAAUGCUUAAUAUGUCAGAAAGAAAUGUUUCUUCUUCAUGGUGAUAGCAACGUUUCCCUCCUCCAUUCAGGGAGAAUCCUCAAACUGAAGAACAAAAUCUCCUGGCACAGUAGAAAUACAAACAAUGCCUGAAGAAUAUGGACUUGUUAAGAUAACAAUAGAAGUUUGGCUGGUGUAGACCUAACAUGCCUCUCAUUUGUGUAUCUUUUUGUUAGCAUUUACAUCAUAUACUUGAACUCAUUGUGUCUGAAACUAGAAAAUUAGUCUGAUUUUCAUGUCUUAAAAAGGCCUGGUAGGUCUGAUCACUAUCAUAAUUAUAAUUAGCUUAUGUGCUGUGCACCGAGGGCUGGGAAAGCAUGUAACUGUAGAUAAAUUUGUCAGACUGCAUUGAGAAAAGCAUUUAGAUGAUCUUAUGUCUAGUCUGUCUCAAAAACUGGAGUACAAUGUCUCUCACCCAGUGUUGUUAGCCUGAAAAUUUGGCUGCUUCAAUGUCAUCAUAAAGCUGCCGUUUAGCUUUACAAGGCCAAGACCCAUUUCCAGUGUUACUGUUUGCCAUGCUGAAAAUUGUUCUUACAGCUAAUUAACAAGCUGGGAAAGACACUUUAGGCCCUGUUUGUGCUUACCUUACUAAAGAUGCAUAGGGGAAAACAUUAAGAUUUGGAGCAUCCAAGGCUCCAUCAUUCUUUCAAAGGACUACGGUUUUCUUCUGUGGGAUGAGUGGCAUUCAGGCAGGGCUCUUUCUUCAAGUAACUGCUCUGCCCCCACCUGCUGUCUGGCUCAAUUGCUGUUGGUAGUCCACAAGGAUGCCUGCACUUUCAGAGGUGUUUUCUGCUUUGGCAGCCCAAGCUGUCUUUUAAAUGGGAUGCCGGAGCAUGAAACAAGUAACCCACAGGUUGCAUAAAGGGCUUUGUUUUCCCCAACAAAACCAGAAGCAAAUUCAGCAAGGCUCCCUCUCCUUUCUGGCCUGUGUAGCUUGAAUUGCACAUGCUGUGGCUUGAAUUCCAGCCUCAUCCCUGCUUCCCUUGAAGGACUUCAGAGGGUCCAAGAAAGAUAAGAGAAUGACAAAAAAAUAGGGAUUUCCCCUGUCCCAAGGCACAUAUUCCUUUUUGGGAGUGAAUCAUGGAUCAUAAGGCAUUCAGGUCUCAUGUUUCUCAUAUGUACUAACACAGGGAUAUUUAACACUUAUCUGCCUCAUAGGGCUUUAUGAGAAUUAAUUAAUGUUUUCAAAUCACUUUGUAUCCUCAGAAGGAAAGUGUUGUAGAAGAGCUAUUGAAAGAACUGCUAAGUACACUGGAUGAAUUUCACCCCUGAGUCCAGAGCUACAAGACCCGCAAAAUCCUUAAAUACCAUCUAAGCUCUCAAUGUAAGCACCAGAGUACAUAAAACUUGUGCUUAGCGCUGAGGGGAGUCACAGCCUACGUGAAAUUGCCAUUCCCAGAGUGUCUAUAACAUUGAUCCUGAUAAGAGAGCGAGAAUCACAACAGUACAUAAUGGGACAGACUGCACAGGUUAACCAAGUGCUGUGUAGCCAUCCUGCAAAUUUCAAAUCAUUUUAGGUCUUUGAACCACUUUGUAAUUCUGUGAGAGAAAUUUGCCUCCUCAGUUGUACCAAGAGUGUUUCUCAUAACAGCCUCAGAAUUAUUCAAAUCAUUUGUUACUCCAAGUCCAGCUUCAAAUAACUUGAAGUCAAUGGAUAUUUUCUUUUAGAGUUGUUCACUGCAGAGACCACUGGUAGCUUCAUGAGAAAGUAACAAAAUGUCUCUCUCAUAACAAUGUGUCUGCUUCUGCUGCACAUUUCCAGUAACUGAACUGGAAGAGAUAUGAUGAGAGUGCAGUGUUCAGGCAUUUACCUUCCCAAAUCACACCAGCAUUAGCCACCACCCUAGGUUCAAAGUCCCAGCUCUGUUCUGAUGCAUUUCCUCCUGAAGUAAUCAUUAGAACACCAAGAACUGAACACCAGUCACCUCAACAAAACACUUCUAUUGUUGUUCGUGUUAGUCGAGCAAUACUGAUGCAUCCUUCCCUCCUUAGCACUAGUAAUCCUUUUCUCCUCCACUUGGCAUUCUUAGAUACGGAAUUCACACCCUGUCAACAGACAUGAAAGGAAACACUUCCUGAGGGAACAAGCUAGACAUAGAUAACAUUUACCGAGGAGGGACUCUUCUUAGUCUUCUUCAGAAAAUAUUUGUAUUGAAAAAUAUAUUUUCAUUUGCAGUUCAGAUUUGUCAUAAAAUCACAGAAUUGUUUUGGUUGGAAGGGACUUUAAAAUCAUCUAGUCCAACCCCUCCAUGGGCAGGGACAUCUUUCAUGAGACCAGGUUGCUCAAAGGCCCGUCCAAUCUAACUUCAAACACUUUCAGGGAGGGGACAUCCACAGCUUCUGUGGGCAACUUGUUCCAGUAUCUCACUGCAAAAAAUAUCUUCUUUAUGUCCAAUCUAAAUCUAGCCUGUUUCAGUUGAAAACUAUUGUCCCUUGUCCUGUCACUACAAGGAGAGUAGUGUCCUUGUAGUGUCUUUCUUAUAAGUCCCUUUCAAGCUGAAAGGCUGAAAUAAGGUCUCCCUGUAGCCUUCUCUUCUCCAGGCUGAAGAAUUUCAACCAUCUCAGCACUUCUUCAUAGGAGAGCUGUUCCAGCCCCCUGACCAUUUCUGUGGCCCUCCUCUGGACCAUACAAUAGGUCCAUGUCUUUCUUUUGCUGGGGACAUCAAAGCUGGACACAGGACUCCAGGUGAGGUCUCAUGAGAACAGAGUAGAUGAGAAGAUUCAACCUGCUGGCCAUACAUUAGGAUGUGGUUGGCUUUCUGGACUGCAAGCACAUAUUGCCAGCUCAUAUCCAGCUUUUUACACACCAGUACACUCAGGUCCUUCUCCACAGGGUUGCUUUCUAUCCAUUCAUCCCCCAGCCUGUAUUGAUACUGGGUGUUGCCCCAACCCAGAUGCAGGACCCUGCACUUGGGCUAGUUGAACUUCAUGAGGUUCACACAGGCCCACUUCUCAAGCCUUUCAAGGUGUCUCUGGAUGGCAAGGUCUCUUUGGUGGUCUGCCAUCACCCGUAACAAAUAAAUCUGUCUUCUAUUUGCAAAAGGUGCUCCAUGCAAGCAUAGAGACUUCUGGCUUUCCCCAGCAAGUAACACGUGAUCAAUACAUGAAUUAUCUUUUUUAUAUCCUUGCCUUCCUGGUCCCACAGUUGGCUCUCCCUGCAGCUCUAGACGUUUUCUUCCCCAGCCCCAUCUCCCAGCCGAGGCUUGUGACGUACAGGACAAGGCAGAAUUGACUUUACUGACAGAUGAAAAUACAAAGGACAGUGCAGAG